GCCUUCCCGGAGCUCAGCGUUGGCAUCCGCCGGCUCCCGGCCCCGAACAACCGCAGGAGCAGAGGGGAAGAACCUGCGUGCGCGGUGCCCCUGCCACGGCGGGCGGAAGAGUCGCAUAUUUAUGGAGCCAGCGCUUCCUCCUGCGUUUGAGUGACAGCCAGGAUCCCUUCACUGCCUGGUCACCGGAGCUGAUUUGUAUGCGCAAGGGUCCGCCUCGCUCCUCUCCGAGAGAUGCAGCCGCAGCAGCUUGCAGAGCUGUCACACUCACACAGGCUCCUUAUCUGCACUGGCUUGACGAAUUAAAAAGCAAGCCAGCCAGCAAGAGAGAGACCGGGAGAGAGGGGGGAAGAGAGCGAGGGAGAAGCUUGCAGACAGCGCUCGCUUUCUUCUCCUAAAGGAAGGAUUUUGCAUCUUAAGUGCUCACGGGUUGUGAUGAUGCUUCACUUAGCGGGCUCCAGAAUGAGCUAGAGACAAGCAGAUAGGGGGAGAAACUAAGCAGACCACAAAGCAUUACGAGCAAAAACCAAAACCAGGAACAGUUUUCUCCUCUAUUCUAGCAUGGUGGAUGUAUGGACAGUCUUACAGAGCAGAGGUUGACUUCUCCAAAUCUACCAGCCCCACAUCUUGAACACUACAGUGUUCUGCAUUGCACCAUGACCUUGGAUGUUCAAACGGUGGUCGUUUUUGCAGUGAUCGUGGUGCUAUUGCUUGUGAAUGUCAUACUCAUGUUCUUCCUGGGCACUCGUUAAUGGAUUUUUUCUCCUGAGCUG